GAAUAAGAACCCCUGACGUAUCCAUCAUUGCAAGGGCAAUGCCACUUAUAUUUCUACUUAUUUAGACAUGAGCCUAGCGUGGAAUACCCUCCAAAACCAGCAGCAACAAAGUGAGGGAGGCACCUGCUCCUGCCUGCCUGGGCGAUGUGUACAUAAAUACCCUUUGGCGGCAGCAGGCGCCGCACAGUGGGCCCGAAACGAUGCAUACGGGACUGCCUCAAAACGACCAACGACUUUCGUACACAAAGAAACAAAUUGAUGGGAUAUGAUACUCAUUUUGAUGAAAUUCCGCAUCACUUUGGAAUGUUCGAAAAAGAGAGAAAACAAACAAUUACCAAUUUUUAAUAUGAAUUUUACAAAAUUCAAUGGUUGAGAAUAUCGAACUGAUUCAGGCAAUUCGCUUUUCUGUGUAGUACGCUAAACGGUUUCGACCAUAACAAAUUAUUAGCGGAAACUGAAAUGGCGGAAAACGUCAACGACGACUGUUGCCAAUGCUGCUGCUGGUGCUGGUGCUGCUGUUGCUGCUCCUGCUGCAGACGUUGUUGCUUAGCAAUGCGCAACACCCAAUACAAACACAAGAAAUUCCCUGGGAACCAAACAGAGGGCGAAACAGAGGGCCGCUGCUGAGAAAAACGCAAUCCAUCCAUACACAAAACAAUAGCAUCGCCCAGCCAAUUAAAUCCUGGCCAGAUGCACUAGAGACCACCGGAGCAGGGAGUACCGAGCACCGAGCGCGAGCACCGGAUCAUACAGCCAUGAUGCCCAGUCGCGUCAAACUGAAAUGGGGCACGGAUGAGCCCCCACGGAUGGGCAGAAGGGCGACCGACGACCACACCACUUUCAACACUGCCAGCAGCCAGCACAAUAGCAAUAGACGUCUAACCACUAACCCUCCAAGCGGCUUCCUCCCGCUGUUUCGCCUCCCGGUCCUGCUGCUCCUCCUGCUGAUCCUGAUCCUGGAUAGCUGCCACGCCCUCCGGCUGACCAACGGAGGCGGCAGCCUGAGCAAGGGCGCGGCGGCCAACAAGGAGCAGCUCAACAUCGGCCUGAUCGCGCCGCACACGAACUUCGGCAAGCGCGAGUACCUGCGCAGCAUCAACAACGCGGUCACCGGCCUCACAAAGACGCGCGGCGCCAAGCUGACCUUCCUCAAGGACUACUCCUUCGAGCAGAAGAACAUCCACUUCGACAUGAUGUCGCUGACGCCCAGUCCGACAGCCAUCCUAAGCACGCUGUGCAAAGAGUUCCUGCGCGUGAACGUGUCGGCCAUCCUGUACAUGAUGAACAACGAACAGUUCGGGCACAGCACGGCCUCUGCGCAGUACUUCCUGCAGUUGGCCGGCUACCUGGGCAUCCCGGUGAUCUCGUGGAACGCGGACAACUCGGGUCUGGAGCGGCGGGCCUCGCAGUCGACGCUGCAGCUGCAACUGGCGCCGAGCAUCGAGCACCAGAGCGCAGCGAUGUUGAGCAUCCUGGAGCGCUACAAGUGGCACCAGUUUUCAGUGGUCACCUCGCAGAUAGCCGGCCACGACGACUUCGUGCAGGCGGUGCGGGAGCGGGUGGCCGAGAUGCAGGAGCACUUCAAGUUCACCAUCCUCAACUCGAUCGUGGUCACGCGCACCAGCGACCUCAUGGAGCUGGUCAACAGCGAGGCGCGUGUGAUGCUGCUCUACGCCACGCAGACGGAGGCCAUCACCAUUCUGCGCGCCGCUGAGGAGAUGAAGCUCACCGGCGAGAACUACGUCUGGGUGGUCAGCCAGUCGGUCAUAGAGAAAAAGGACGCCCACUCCCAGUUCCCCGUUGGCAUGCUCGGCGUGCACUUCGACACCUCCAGUGCGGCGCUAAUGAACGAGAUCUCCAACGCUAUCAAGAUCUACAGCUACGGCGUGGAGGCCUACCUAACGGACCCGGCCAACCGCGAUCGCCGCCUCACCACCCAGUCGUUGUCCUGCGAGGACGAGGGACGCGGUCGGUGGGACAACGGAGAAAUCUUUUUCAAGUACUUGCGCAACGUGUCCAUCGAGGGGGACCUGAACAAGCCAAACAUCGAGUUCACGGCUGAUGGUGACUUGCGCUCGGCGGAGCUCAAGAUCAUGAACCUCCGGCCCAGCGCCAACAACAAGAACCUGGUGUGGGAGGAGAUUGGAGUGUGGAAGUCAUGGGAGACGCAGAAGCUGGACAUCCGCGACAUUGCGUGGCCCGGCAACUCGCACGCCCCGCCCCAGGGCGUGCCGGAGAAGUUCCAUUUAAAGAUCACAUUCCUCGAAGAGGCACCCUAUAUCAAUCUGUCGCCCGCGGACCCGGUGAGUGGCAAGUGCCUGAUGGACCGCGGUGUGCUCUGUCGGGUGGCGGCCGAUCACGAAAUGGCCGCCGACAUCGACGUGGGCCAGGCACACCGCAACGAGUCCUUUUACCAGUGCUGCAGCGGCUUCUGCAUCGACCUGCUGGAGAAGUUCGCCGAGGAGCUGGGCUUCACCUACGAGUUGGUGCGGGUCGAAGAUGGUAAAUGGGGUACCCUCGAGAAUGGCAAGUGGAACGGCCUAAUCGCCGACCUGGUCAACCGCAAGACGGACAUGGUCCUCACUUCGCUAAUGAUCAACACGGAGCGCGAGGCGGUCGUCGACUUCUCUGAGCCCUUCAUGGAGACGGGCAUCGCCAUCGUGGUGGCCAAGCGCACGGGCAUCAUCUCGCCCACGGCCUUUCUGGAGCCCUUCGACACGGCCUCCUGGAUGCUGGUGGGCAUAGUGGCCAUCCAGGCGGCCACCUUCAUGAUCUUCCUGUUCGAGUGGCUGUCGCCCAGCGGCUACGACAUGAAACUGUACCUGCAGAACACCAACGUGACCCCGUACCGCUUCUCCCUGUUCCGGACCUACUGGCUGGUGUGGGCCGUCCUCUUUCAGGCCGCCGUCCAUGUGGACUCGCCGCGCGGCUUUACCUCGCGCUUCAUGACCAACGUGUGGGCCCUUUUCGCCGUAGUCUUUCUGGCCAUAUACACUGCCAAUCUGGCCGCCUUCAUGAUAACCAGGGAGGAGUUCCACGAGUUCACCGGUCUCAACGACAGCCGUCUGGUGCACCCCUUCUCCCACAAGCCAUCCUUUAAGUUCGGCACUAUCCCGUACAGCCACACGGACUCGACCAUCCACAAGUACUUCAACGUCAUGCACAACUACAUGCGACAGUACAACAAGACCAGUGUGGCCGAUGGAGUGGCUGCCGUGCUCAACGGCAACCUGGACUCCUUUAUUUAUGACGGCACUGUGCUGGACUAUCUGGUGGCCCAGGACGAGGACUGCCGCCUCAUGACCGUGGGCAGCUGGUAUGCCAUGACGGGCUAUGGGCUGGCAUUCAGCCGCAACUCCAAGUACGUGCAAAUGUUCAACAAGCGGCUGCUCGAGUUCCGGGCGAACGGGGACCUGGAGCGGCUGCGGCGCUACUGGAUGACGGGCACGUGUCGGCCGGGCAAGCAGGAGCACAAGUCCUCCGACCCCCUAGCCCUGGAGCAGUUCUUGUCCGCCUUCCUGCUCCUGAUGGCCGGCAUCCUGCUGGCGGCGCUGCUCCUGCUGCUGGAGCACGUCUACUUCAAGUACAUCCGCAAGCGGCUGGCCAAGAAGGACGGCGGCCACUGCUGCGCGCUCAUCUCGCUGUCCAUGGGCAAGUCGCUGACCUUCCGCGGCGCCGUCUUCGAGGCCACCGAAAUCCUCAAGAAGCACCGCUGCAACGACCCCAUCUGCGACACGCACCUCUGGAAGGUCAAGCACGAGCUGGACAUGUCUCGCCUGCGUGUCCGCCAGCUGGAGAAGGUCAUGGACAAGCAUGGCAUCAAGGCGCCGCAGCUGAGGUUGGCCUCCUCCUCGGAUCUGUUGAACCACCAUCAUCUCAAGGAGCGGCCGCCGCUGCUGGGAAACCUGAGUCUCGCCGCCAGCGCCCAAGAUCUAUACAGGUGGUCGUACAAGACGGAAAUCGCCGAGAUGGAGACGGUGCUGUGAAGCGUUUAUAGCUGGAAAUGGAGCUGCUACUCUAGACACACUAGGCACACACCGUAAUCGAGCAACGUAUUUAGAGUGACUGGAGCCAGAGUGCAGUACGUUUAAUCAAAAUCAACGUUUCAAAUAAAAUGUAAACUGAAAGCUUUCGGAGGUUAGAGACAGGGAGAUAUGAGGUGGCGAAAUAUAAGCCAAAGCGCCCCACGAAAACCGCACACGAGAAACCCAGAUUUCCAGCCCAGGGAAACCCAAAGAUUGUAUAAAGUUAAACUAAUUGUAAAACAGUAAAACCAACAGCUAAACCUAACGGCACACGGGGACAAACAGCCAAAACAAACAUAAAAAAAACCAGCCGCCGCACGAGUAUUUCAUAAAAUAAGUUUUAAAGGAGAUCAAGAAUAAAAGUAGAAGGAGAAGCUGGGGAGAUCAACCGUUACACUUUUGGCGAUUGAAUUGUAAACUGUAAGCCGUUAACAAGAGAUUGGGGCAAGUAGUAGAAGAAGAAUAAAAGUAGAUUCAAGCCAGAGUUGAGCAUGUUUGUAUGUAAUCCGUUUGAUUGUUUGUGAUUGUUGUUUCGUUUGUUGUCUUUUUUUGGAUAGUAAAUAUUUACUAAAUCAUAAUCAAGUAGGCGUAUAGCAAGGGCUUACAUACAAGCAGGACGACAAGCCACGCCCAUUAUUAAAUAUACACAUUAACAGAUUUAUAUGUAUUUACCUUGCUAUGAUUACGAUUAUGAUAACGACGAUAUAAAUGUUAUUGCAUAUACACGUACAUAUACAUAUACAUUUAAAGAACAAAA